UGCACGCUUCAUCCGCCGAUCUGCGCUCAACGAUCCCGAUCAGUUUCGUUUGGAACUUGCACCUGACGACAAGCAUCAUCCCGUCCCGUCCCGUCACCAUGACGAAGCGAACGUUUCUGUUUGCCGUUCUGACCGUGUUCGGAACGAUGAUCGUCGUCUCCCAGGCUGAGGAUCCGGCCGUCGCCAAAGCUUUCACCGACAACGAAAUCGUACCGGAUGUGCUCUCUAAGGCACCUGGCGCCCUGGUGAAAGUGUCGUACACUUCGGCUGGAGCGGAAGUCAACCUCGGCAAUGAACUCACACCGACCCAGGUCAAAGAUGAGCCAUCCGUCAGUUGGGAAGCGGAACCGGGUGCCCUGUACACGCUGGUCAUGACCGAUCCGGAUGCACCGACCCGAGCCGAACCGAAGAUGCGCGAGUGGAAGCACUGGGUGGUGAUCAAUGUGCCCGGAUCGGAUGUGGCCGCCGGGGAAACCGUGGCCGAAUAUAUCGGAUCGGCACCGCCCCAAGACUCCGGCUUGCAUCGGUACGUGUUUCUGGUGUACAAGCAAAGUCGAGGCCGGAUGCGGUGGAGUGAACCGAAGCUGAGCAACCGCAACCCGAACCGAGCCAAAUUCCGUGUCAACGAGUUUGCCGCCAAAUAUCACCUCGGUAGCCCGAUUGCCGGAAACUUCUACCAGGCUACGUACGACGACUACGUUCCACAGGUGUACGCUACGCUCACGGAAACGAAGUGACGACACUGACGAAGACGACGAUGAUGAUGCUUCCGCCUAGGCCGCUCGCUUCCAGGUUCCAACGGGCUCGUCGACCUCAUCCCGUCCCGGCCCGUUACCAUCACAAUUCACCACUCACUUCUCUGUUUUGGCGACCGGAACAAUAUCGCAAUACACAAACACUACAAUAGUGCCGCCUUAGUACAAACCCACCUGUUUUGGCACCACUUGGCAAUAAAAAAUCACACAGUGCACGAAUAAAUAAAAAAAAAUACAAUCUAUAAAAAGCAA